AAGUGACCUGAACUCGCGUGAACUGGUAACCCUCAAAUGUCAGGGGUUUACCCAAGAACUGCAUCCUCCACUGGUCUAGCCAUCAUUCGUUUUCUGUCUCUGUAUUGCAAGUGACUAUACGUAGAGCUCGUGUUUCCACCACCUAACAUACUGAUGCUAGGGUUACCUAUAUUUAGUGGACGGUUUGGUAUUAUAAUUUCCCGUAGGACGGAUGAAUGUAAUGUAGUAUUGUUGUCCCAGCCUGAAGCUGCAGAUGGGUUUUCAAGUCGCUUUUGCAAAACACAAGGAUAGUAAGUGGAGUUUGGGCAUUUCGGUGAUGCUGAUAACUAGGUGACUUUGCGAGGACAAUUUAUUGUUCAUAAUUACAUCAGUACAUUCGCAUGACUUCCUGAAUUGCUCUGUGUUGUUUCAUUCCCUGUUUUCAUUGCAGUUUCUCGUCUUUCCAAGAUGGGUUUUGCAGCGUUUCGACUGCGUGUGUUUGGUAUUGGUUCAUUGAUCAAAGACGGCGAUUUACCUUCGUCUUCACUUAAUUACAUUACAUUUUACUACUUCCACAUUAUGACACUCUAGGGUUUUAAAAGUGACAUAAUUAGGUGAGUAGAGGGGUCAGUCACUGAAUCCUACUUAUCGAAUUAACUAUCACGUGGAGUCGAGGUGAUACAUCCCCGGAUAGUUAGGAAACUACAAGAAAGUUACACAAGCGAGUUAGAAAUGCGCUGAUGUGAUUGUGAACAAUAAUUUGUACUAGUCAAGUCAUCCAGUUAUUCACUCUAUCACUGAGUUAUGUCGAAUAAACUUAGUGUGAAAAACAUGUAGGUACCAACACUUAAUUCAAUAUUUAAUUUAUAUCCCUGCAGCAUCGAGAUUUUUGUUAACUAUUUACUUUACAUUCAUUUGACAGGACUAGCAAAUUUAGUGCUUAUCUGCCUAUCAAAAUGUCAGUCACGUCAGAAUCUUUACCGACCGAAAAUAAGCGCCCGAAAAUUGAAAAUGGCGUCUCAUCCAGCCCCGUCAAACUCCGUUUCAAGAAAUUAACUGACCAAGCAACGACUCCUACUCGUGGUUCAGCAUUUGCUGCUGGUUACGACCUUUAUGCUGCAUAUGACGCUAUUAUUUCCGUUGGAGGCAGAGGAUUGGUCAAAACUGACAUACAAAUUGAAUUGCCUGAUGGAUGUUACGGCCGCGUUGCUCCGAGAAGUGGUUUAGCCUUGAAAAAUGGAAUCGAUGUGGGUGCUGGUGUUAUUGAUCAGGACUACCGCGGUAAUGUUGGCGUCGUACUUUUCAACUUUGGAGAAGAAAACUUCGUGGUUAAAAAGGGCGAUCGUAUAGCUCAGUUGAUUUGCGAGCGUAUUUUCUGUCCAGAAUUAGUGGAGUGUGAAUCACUAGAGGAAACACAACGUGGCUCAAGUGGUUAUGGUUCUACUGGAGUAUGAGAUGUAAUACAUGUACGCCCAGAUUUCCUAUUUUCCUAAUACAGAUUUUGUACAUGUAAA